AUGGCUUUCGUAAUCGGACUAUACGAGCAGCAGCCGGUGAUGAAUGCCACAUGCAGCGUCUGGUUCGACAUCUCUAGAACCAAUCUUUCACGGCCAUUCCAACUUCCUGCCGCGGAAGACGUAUCUAAACCGAUUCGUGCCGAGAGGAAGUGGUUUAAGAAUGUGCGGCUCUUCCCAAACGAAAUCUCAAGUCUGCCUCUCAGAGCCGACGAAUCUGGGCAAUAUGGUAGGUGUGCCAACGUAGAGAGGGUUUUUCCAAUACAACCCACCAAGGACGGAAUUCUGGAGAAUCGUGUGACUCACCCUAGCCCAUACAGAGCAUUCGAAUCUCUACCACCCUUCCCUAGAAUUGAUGUGUCGCAAGAGAUUGCAAUCAGAGCCAUGAGAGCCAUUGGAGAUACUGCGGAGUGA